AUGAACUGGCGAAAUACAGGGCAUACAGGACCUUGGCAGCUUGUUGAAUGUGGGCCAGGCACAGGACAACUCAUGCACGAUAUCCUGGUGGCAAUGGAUAAGUUCCAGGAAGAGAAUGUGUCCGUACAUUUGGUGGAGACAUCUGAUGCCCUCAUUCGGCAGCAAGAAGAGCUGCUUUGU